CCUUGCUGACCGACUCACUCACCUGCUCUCUCCCAACGCCGUUUGUCCUUUGUGCCAUUCUUAGCACUUAUUCCCCUUGGAAACUCGCGUUUGUAGUACGACGCAUUCUCUCUUUGCAUUUCUCACUGCACUGCACGCUUUUCUCCGUGUUUAGCUUGAUACCAAGAGACUUUUUGUUGUUGGCAGUUCUUUGAGUUUUUGACGUCUUUACGGUUUGUUUCAUUAGUAGCCUCGACUCUGAUUUAGGCCUCGUGUUUUUGCGUUACUACAUUGCAUUAUGUCUACAGAAUUGCGUAGAAAGCUGGUUAUCGUCGGUGACGGUGCAUGCGGAAAAACAUGUCUGUUGAUUGUUUUUUCUAAGGGAACGUUCCCUGAAGUGUAUGUUCCCACUGUGUUUGAGAACUACGUCGCUGAUGUGAAUGUUGAUGGUCGUCAUAUCGAGCUUGCCCUGUGGGAUACUGCUGGUCAAGAGGAUUACGAUCGUUUGCGUCCAUUGUCAUACCCCGAUUCACAUGUCAUCUUAAUCUGUUUUGCCGUUGACGCUCCUGAGAGUUUGGACAAUGUUCAGGAGAAGUGGAUUUCUGAGGUUCUGCACUUCUGCUCCAACUUGCCCAUUAUUCUUGUUGCUUGUAAGAAGGAUUUGCGCAACGACCCUAAGACUAUUGAGGAGUUGUCGAAGACGAACGAGAAGCCGAUUUCUUCUGAGGAAGGUGAAGCUGUUGCACAGAAGAUUGGUGCAUUUAAGUAUCUUGAGUGUUCUGCAAAGCAGAAUGAUGGCGUCCAAGAGGUGUUCGAAACUGCAGCCCGUGCAAGCAUGAUGAAGUACAAAGCACCUUCCCGUCAAAAGAUGAAGAAGAAGCGUUGCAUCGUUCUUUAAGCUCGCUGAAGAACAUUGCUCUUCUUUUCUCUUUACGGCGUGCUAUAUGCAGCCAGACACGAGUUGAUCACUAGACCCCAUGGAAUUUUUCCUUUGUAGGUCUAUCGCCUCUUCCCUUUUCCCAUGUACAAACUCGUAUAUUUCCAUCCGCUUUGUUACUACGAAAUCUGCACGUACUGUUGCUGCUGCUGCUGCAUGUCUCUAUGUACUAUCUAUAACCUUUUCCCAUUAAUACGUUACUACCGAUGGUCAUUGUAUGUCAUUUUCGGUACGAACUAUAUAUAUAUUCAGCAUGCAUUUCCCACAUGGCGCUUCAUCAAUGUUUCUCAUUAAACGCACAAUACGUCGGCUAUUGUCAGUUUACUCAAGAUCAUAAAUUUAUUCAUUGCUUAUAAUUUAUUGCUGUAAUAAAGACACGUUUUUACAACACAAACAAA